ACCUUGAAUGCCUUGGCUCGUUCAAGCAAUUCGUCCUCAACCUGCCUCAUCACUUAGAUGGAGGCAUACUCAGUUUGCCAGACCGCAGCAAGUGCUUGUCACCAUGGCUUUGGUAUUUAAACCCCGUAAUCUCUUCUUCUGUCUCCUGGUGUUGGCUGCUCUCCAUCACUGCCUUCUGUGUCUUCACUUGAGCCGAACAAUCUUAGAAGAGUUAUUGCUGCCUCUAUCUCACCAGCCUCGAGUCCCUUUGUUGGUCUUCUGUUACCCUCUUACCUGGGUACGCAAUGUCCUCGCACCAGACUUCGACAUACGGGAGCCGUGUUGUCGUGAUCCAGAGCAGCAACCGGCCUUCAGCUACCUACUUUGGUAGCUCCUCCUCAAGCCAGUCUUCCAGAUACUCUACCUCCUCCUCCUCCUCCCAGAACUCCUUCUCCUUCUCGAUGAACUCGUCAACCUCUUCUCAGCAGAUUGCUGAAGGGCGGUACCGCUCUGGGCCCGCUGGGGCUGUUGGUUAGUUCCCCCAAUUUUCAGAUAUACACGAGCAUCAGGAGACUGACCUUUUUUUAUCGCACAGGCGGGUACUACACGGAGGUAAAGGAGGUCAAGAACUCUCGCGGGCGGCCGAACAUU